CAAAGACUAAAUACUAUCAUCGCCAAUACAGGACCGUACGGCACUUGAGAACCAGCGAAAAUAUGGCGCCAGGACAGAAACUCUACCCUCGAGCGACGGUCAAGAAGAUCGUCAAAGCUCACUCGAACUGCAAUGUCAGCAAAAACGUCGACGUCACUAUAUUCCUCGACUACGUCCUCUUUAUGCAAUCAUUGAUGAAGGAGGCAGCCAUUGAGUCGAAGAAGGGGGGCGAGAGAGGUGUUACUGCUCGAAGUGUCAAGAAAGUCACUGCGGAUACGCUGGCAAAGUUUAAAGGAUGAGCAUUGUCGCUUCUAAAACUAUUAUGGGUGAAGCAUAACCUACCAUCAAGCCCCGGGGGUCUCGAUCGAGCCGCGGGAGAUAGCGCCUUCGAAGACGCACGGAGCGACAAGGUUUGCUGCUUCUCAGGCUCGUUCAGUUCCAUCAGAGUGGGGAAGCUAAGCGUCGAUUUACAGCACGCGACUCCGACAUGCAUACUACGGCCAGUAACGCGCUGCGAGCGAGGCAAAAGGUUCGGGUCGGUUUUGUAAAUGUAUACACAAAUACAUACAUAAUUUGGUGUGCAUAGCAAUGAGGCGGGAAGCAUGAAGAAAAUGGAGAGAUUAGACUUAUAGCACGGCGGUGUUAACCUUGACAUGCGCUUUCAUUCACUGUACUGCAUCCCAAAAUUAGGCCCGUGUAGUUGACAUUCUUGGUGUUUCUUUAGCCUUCUUCUAUUUGGAGCAGGGGUUUUGGAGAAAGAGGGGCGUACCUUGACCAACCA